GGCACCUUACACGGAGGCACCAUUCAAUAGUGCAUUCGUAUAUCAAACAUUUCGAGAAGGGUAAAAAAAAAAAAAAUCCCAGAACAGUGUUUUUUUUUCAGUUUUCUCACGGAAGAAGUCGAAAGGAGCAGUGAAGUAAUCAUGGCGAAACCAGGUCGUGGUCGGCCGUCCACGCCUUCUGGCUCGGACACGGGUUCGUCUUCACCAUCUCGGUCGACUUCUGGUUCAGAUUCUCGUUCCCGCUCUCGUUCGCGGUCACUUUCUCGCUCAUUUUCUUCUUCUUCCUCUCCGUCUCGGAGUGUUAGUUCUGGCAGCAGAUCCCCGCCGCCGCAGAGGAGAAGUCCUGCAGGUGCAGCCAGGCGGCGUCCUUCUCCACCUGCUAAACGGGCUUCACCUCCCCCAAGGAAAGCAUCUCCCAUUCUUCAGUCUGUGGUCCUGCACAUUGACAAGCUAACUAGGAAUGUGAACGAAGGACAUUUAAGAGAAAUAUUCAGUAACUUUGGUGAAGUAGUUAACGUGGAACUGAGUAUGGAUCGUACGGUUAAUCUUCCUCGUGGAUAUGGCUAUGUGGAGUUCAAGACAAGGGCUGAUGCAGAAAAAGCGUUACUUUACAUGGAUGGUGCACAAAUUGAUGGGAAUGUUGUUCAAGCAAGAUUCACAUUACCUCCACGCCAGAAAGUGUCAUCACCUCCAAAAGCUGUUCCUGCUGCCCAGAAAAGAGAAGCUCCCCAAAAGGAUAGUGUUGGUGCUGAUGGUGAAAAGAGUGGGCAACGCCAGAGAGAAUCUUCGCCACGCCGCAAACCUCUUUCACCACCACGAAGGAGAUCCCCUUUAGCACAUCGAAGAGGUGAAUCACCCCGAAGGCGUCUCGAAUCACCUCCUCGACGGCGUGUAGAGUCCCCCGUUCGUCGCCGGGGUGAAACACCUCCUAGAAGGAGGCCAGCAUCUCCAGCUAGAAGACGUUCUCCAUCACCUCCUCUAAGGAGACGCAGAUCUCCUGCACGAGCUUCUCCCCGAAGAAUCCGUGGUAGUCCAGUCCGCAAACGCUCCCCUCUCCCUGUGAGGCGGCGUACUCCUCCUAGACGAGCACGAAGUCCUCCUCGAAGGUCACCCAUACGUCGGCGUAGCCGCUCUCCUGUUCGCAGGCCUGCUCGGUCACCUUCAAGAUCGGUUUCUCCUCGCAGGGGCCGAGCAGUGGCUCAAAGACGUGGAAGGUCUUCAUCCUAUUCGGGAUCACCGAGUCCUCGCAAGGGAGGAAGGAGAAUUUCAAGAAGCCGUAGCCCAAGAAGGCCUGGUCGAGGAAGGAGCAGUAGCAAUAGCCGCAGCAGUAGUUCCCUAUCUCCUAGGCCAUAAGUUCCUCAAUUAAACAGAAGUUUGGAAAGGGAAACCCUGAAACAUAAGAAGGCAGCAGAAAGGUCUCUCAUGGUCUGCAACGUUGGUGGUUUUCUGCAUUUGGAAUCAUGCCCUGCAUGAGAAAGGGCUUUCCAGCAUUGGCUGUUCUAAUUUUUCCUACAUUUGGAGUCUAUUGUUAGGUUUAUGUUGUGUGCACUUAUGGUUCUAGAAUAUGGUGCCAUUUGAUUAGGUUUGUCAUUGAAACUUGACACAAUGUUUGUAAUUGCUGAGUCUCUGAUAGUACUUAAUCAUGCGCUUCUGUUUUUUCUUAAAA